AUGCUGCCCGUGCCGCUGCUGGGGCUGCUGCUGCGGCUGCUGCCGCCCGGGGGAGCCGCCUCCGGGCCGCUGCGAGGACAGACUGUCUGCCGGAGUGGAACCCAACGGCCAUGCUACAAGAUAAUUUACUUUCACGAUGCUUCGCGCAGGGUGGGCUUUCAGGAAGCAUUCCAGGCUUGCAGAAGAGAUGGAGGGCACCUGGUUAGCAUCGAGUCACAGUCGGAACAGAAACUGAUAGAGAAGAUCAUUGAGCAUCUUUCAGCUUCCGAUGGUGAUUUCUGGAUAGGGCUUACAAGAGAGAAGGACCCUGACAACGGCACUGAAUGCCCAAACUUGUAUUCGUGGUCCGAUGGAAGUUCCUCUGUGUUUCGAAACUGGUACGUAGAUGAGCCUUCCUGUGGCAGUGAAGUCUGCGUCGUGAUGUAUCACCAGCCCUCAGCGCCUCCCGGCGAUGGUGGCCCGUACAUGUUUCAGUGGAACGAUGACAGAUGCAACGUGAAGAACAACUUUAUCUGCAAAUACUCUCUGGAAAAGCCAACCGUCCCUUCUGAAACGAAUGCCUCUCAAGCAGAGGCCGUAACGGAGCCUUUGAUGCUCGAGUCCCCAGAAGAACCCAUCAAAGAAGAUGUAAAUAAUGUCACUGUCAAAGAAGCCAAAGGCAAAGAGCCUCUUUGGAGCCUUGCCUACAUCUUAGUCCCCAGCAUUCCAGCCUUGCUCCUCCUCUUGGUCAUCACAGCCAUCUUCAGCUUCUGGCUUUACACAAAGAGGAAGCGAGAGCCAAUGGAAGCUAACGUGAAGGGACAGGACACCUGGCUGUCUCACAAGAGGUGCAACAGCCCCAGUUUGGAGGUAUACAAUGUCAUUCAGAAACAAUCAGAAGCUGAUCUAGGUGGGACCAGGCCAGACAUUAAGAAUUCUUCUUUCCGGGGCCGUUCUGGAGAAGACACACCUGAUGACCUGUCUGGAGACUAUGACAACAUGGCUGUCAAUACCUCUGAAAGCGGCUUUGUGACGUUGGCCAGCACUGAAAGUGGUUUUGUCACCAAUGAUAUCUAUGAGCUGUACAACGAGAGAGUCGGGAGAAGCAAAGAGUCCACUUGGGUAGAAAAUGAAAUCUAUGGAUAUUGAGAAAGUUCAAGCUUGGGGAUACUGUCCGAAGCGGGAUGAGAUCUACUUGGUGCCUGUUUUGGCGCACAGAGACAAGCCCCAUAUAUACAAUGGAAUGUAGUUCUACAUUUGGCAAUUAUUUUAUGCUAAGGAGGGUUUUUUACUCUCCAGUGGAACAUAAGGGAAUGUAUGUUUGUGUGUGUAUGUAUGCAUUGCUCUAAUUCAGCCUAGGAAAUGACUUUCUGUGAUCUUUCUGUUUCUUGUUGGACAUAAGCCAUCUCCUAAUUCUGCCUUUUAAACUAAAUUGCCAGAUGGAUCUCAUGAGCUGUUUACUGGGUUUUCUUCCCCAGCUCCACAGCUAAAAAUACAACAGGUGUAGCAUGACCACCUGCCUGGCAUCGGCUGCCAAGUUUCCAUCUUUACCCACUUUAUCGUCUUGAAAGUCAACAAUUUUCCAACAUGGAGGAGGUCGCUUUUCUUUGUUUUUUUAUAUGCUCUUAUCCAUCCAGACUGUUUUGUAGGAUGUAAUUAGCUUUUUCGUGCCCCUGUCCUAAGCACAUUAUGUGAAAAAAACAUUCCAGCCAAACCAGUGACACUUCAGUUGAAGCACUGUGUUUACAAUCAGGGUGUUGGAAUUAAUGCAUAAAAUGGAAAACUCAUUCAAAGAUGCAGUAUCCAUGCAGGCAUUUUUAUCAUUGGAAUAGCUGCAUUCGCUAACCCAUUCUUUUGAAAAGAUACUGCUAAAUGAAACAGCUGGGCAAAAAACUUUGGGGGGCGGGGAACGGUUGCAAAGAAAGCACUGAAGUGGCCUUUGAGGCAGCUGUAAAAUGGAUAUCUGCACCUGGUUUGUUAGUAUGCCUUGAAGGAAAGAGCUGGUCACUUACAUGUGGAAUGAGCAGGUCAUCAGCUGCCGCUACUUACUCAGCUCUUUUACUCUUCACGCUGCUGGCACGCAGUACUGAAAGAAUUGGAGAUCGGCCCAGCUGUGUUCCUGGAAGUCGUGAUGGGGAUGAGAUUACCAAGAAAGUAUUACUUUAAAAGAUUUCAAGUACCUGGGAAGAGCCAGCAGCUGCAUAUGCAAGUGACGGAAGUGGUAAAAAAAAAAAAUCUCCUCAAAGCAAAAUUCUGCCGCAUUAGUAUGAACCCUGGAUAUCUAAAUGAGUCUUCUCUGGCAAUCAUGGGACAUGAUUUCCUUCAUCAUCAGAGAUUAAAUACAGAGACUUCCAAAUUUAAAAUUUUGAACGAUUGAUCCUGAAGUGGAAGAUUGUACCUUUGAUCUGUAAUUGUCAGGACCUCAUUGAGUGUCAAGAACAGAUCCAAUUUCUGUUCCUGGGAAGCACAAUACAUGAAGGAGGGAUGCAAGUCUGGGGAAGUACAACCAGGCUCCGUCAGGAAAUUACUACUCUACUUCGGAUAAUAUAUUACAGGCCCAGACAGGAAAGAGAUCAAACUAUUGUGAACGUACACAACAUGUAAUUCUUGAUUGCAGAGAGCUAUUGAAAGUUGUCUCUUGCUGUUCUAUCGGAAUGACCAAACCAGUUCAACCAAUGCAUAAUUUCUCAGCAUGUUCAAGAUUGGCACAUUAUUUAAUACCACAGUGUAUGCAGUUUUUCAUGAGUGUCCCUCCAUCCCCUAGAAGAAGCUUUGAGUCAGUAUAUGGGACAGAGAAAUAUAUGUUUGCUUUGGUUUUGUUAUUUGCCAUGUGACAGAUGAAAGAUUAAGAAGACUCCAUCUAGCUUGUUCUGUAAUAGGACUGUUUGUGUUUGAGGGGCCACAAAAGAUUUACGUAUACCAGGUGCUCCUGUGGCAAAUCUGUACUGUAAUGUGCUAAAGGAAUUUUCAGGUAGUUCAGGGUACAUUUGUGUGUUUGGGAGGGUGCAUGCCUGAAUCCUCUGGCAUUGAUUAGCUGGGGUGCUGUAAUAUCAUGGAAUGUGCAUAAAUGUUCUGACCCCUGAAGAAAUGAAGCUUUGACCUGCAGAAUCUGCACAACUAAGCCAGCCUCUGGAAGCAAAGUGAAAGGCCCAUUUGGUUGGGAAAAAUGCCUCACACAGGCUUAGAAGUAGAAGAAACUCUAAACAAGAAGCUGUAUGACAGGAAGCCUGAGGGAAGGCUAGAUGGAGGAAACAGAUGCAUGAAGAAAGGGGCCAGUGAGAGGGGCUGAGGAAAAAUACAGGCCUAAAGGGCAGAAGAGAUUGUUUGCUCGUGGGGAAGAGGUAAGGCAACUGGCAAAGAAUCAGAUAGUGAAAGGAACAAAGUGAGACGCAGUGGCUAGCGAAGACAUUGAGCUGAAGAGUGGGUGGCCUGAGAAGAGAGAGGGCCUCAGAUGUGUGGGGGCUGCAUUCCGUUAAUAGGAAGGGAGGAGCAAGCUGGAUUGGGACACUUGUGGGUUGUGAGGCAGGGGGCUUAGAGGAAGGAGCUUUUUCAUGCAAACUUCUUCCCAGACUAUAUCUUCUUAAGUGAGGCGUGAUGUGCUUGGAAAAUUUUUUUAAUGCGCAUUCUCACAUUAUUUGUUGUGUCGCCAGGGCUUUUUUUCUGGGAAAAGAAGUGGUGGAACUCAGGACCACUCAAUGACAUCACUUUGAGUCAGCUGGAACAAGGGGGGAGUUUUUUAAAGUUUAAAUUGCCCUUGGCGAAAAU